AUGGUUUCCCAGGGGAUCCAGAUCAUGGGCAUCAUCAUGUCGUUGAUCGGCUGGUUGAUGGUCAUCAUCGUGUGUGCCCUGCCUAUGUGGAAGGUCACAGCCUUCAUCGGAGCCAACAUCGUCACGGCCCAAACAAUCUGGGAGGGAAUGUGGAUGAACUGUGUUGUGCAGAGCACGGGCCAGAUGCAGUGUAAGGUCUACGACUCCAUGCUGGCACUACCCCAGGACCUCCAGGCCGCCAGAGCCAUGAUCAUCAUCUCCAUCCUGACAGGUAUCGUCGGCAUCUGCUUGUCGAUUGCAGGAGGGAAAUGCACCAACUGCAUAGCAGAAGAGGGAUCCAAGUCUAGAGCCUGUAUUGUGGCUGGAGUCCUCUACAUCAUCUCAGGCAUCCUCUGCCUCAUCCCAGUGUCCUGGUCAGCCAACACCAUCAUCAGGGAUUUCUACAACCCCCUGCUGAUCGAGGCCCAGAGGAGGGAGCUGGGGGCGUCUCUGUAUAUGGGCUGGGGUGCUGCAGCACUGCUGCUGAUGGGAGGGGGGCUGCUGUGCUGGAACUGUCCCCCCAAGCAGGACCACCACUAUCCGGCCAAGUUCUCUCAGGUCAGAUCCACCUCCUCCGGACCCAUGCAAUAUGUCUGA